AGUGACUAUUACUGCCCCACUCACAAAGAUAAAAACAAGUUGUAUGACAUGAUGAUAUAAACAUUUUGUUUGUUACUAUUAUUUGUCAUUGUCACCUUGGCAGAUAAAGGAACUGAGAGCCUUGUUUUUUUUCUUUGUGUAUCGUUAAAAGCACCUUCAAGAACAACUUUGCAGGAAGAUAAUCAGGAGACAUGGAAGAUCAGACACGAGUACGAAAUUCUGAUUUUUCUACUCCCAUGACACAAGUUCAAUCAGGAGGAGAUAGGGAGGAUCCAACAGAAGUAAGAAACUCCGAUUUUUCAACUUCCAUGUGUAGCAACUUAAAACAAGAAGAAGUAGCAAUAGUCCUGGUUCCAUUUCCAGCACAAGGCCAUCUCAAUCAACUUCUUCAACUUGCCUGUUUAAUCUCCUCAUCAUAUGAUCUCCCUGUCUACUAUGUUGGCUCAGCUACUCAUAAUCGUCAAGCUCGAGUUCGAGCCAACGCCUUAAAUCCAUCAGACAUAGCAAAAAUCCACUUCCAUGACAUCCCAACUCCUGAAUUUGCCUCACCACCACCUGACUGUAAUGCCUUGAGCAAAUUCCCAUCACAACUUCAGCCAUCAUGGGAUGCUUCUAUGCUUCUUCGCGAGUCCGUUGCUUCUUUCUUACGCGAUAUUUCCACAAAAGCAAGACGCGUUGUUGUUGUUCAUGAUAGCUUAAUGUCCUAUAAUGUUCAGGAUGUUACGUCCUCUCACAACGCGGAAUCAUAUAUAUUUAAUUGCACUUCAGUGUUCACUUUGUACUGUAUGAUGUCUUUGUUGAUGGGAAUAUCUGUUCAGCUCGACGAGGAAUUGCUUAAAAAGUUACCUUCCCUUGAAGGAACUAUGACAGAUCAACUCAUGAAUCUUGGAGCUUCUCAGAGUCCAUUUAUGGAUAUUAGAUCAGGUGAUAUCCAUAAUACAAGCAAAGUAAUCGAAGGCGAGUUUCUUGAUUUGCUUGCACGAGUAGCAAGUAAACAGAAGAAGAAACAAUGGGCGGUUGGACCAAUAUUGCCUACUAAACUAGAUUGUGUCUCGAAUAGAAACGGUGUAUGCUUGGAGUGGCUGAAUAAACAGCCUCCAAGAUCAGUUCUUUAUGUAUCUUUCGGAACAACAACCUCAUUUUCCGAUAGGGAAAUCAAGGAUCUCGCGAUGGGAUUAGAGCAGAGCAAACAGAGGUUUUUAUGGGUGUUGAGAGAUGCCGAUAGAGGUGAUAUCUUUACCGGAGAAGCCAGAAAAAUUGAGUUGCCGGAAGGAUUUGAGGAAAGAGUGGAAGGGACUGGAUUAGUGGUCAGAGAAUGGGCCCCACAAGCACAAAUCUUGGCUCAUUCGUCCACAGGCGGGUUCAUGAGUCAUUGCGGAUGGAAUUCUUGUAUAGAGAGCAUUACUAUGGGAGUGCCAAUAGCUGCUUGGCCUAUGCAUUCUGACCAACCAAUAAAUGGUUUCUUGGUUACGGAAAUGUUGAAAAUAGGCCUGAUUGUGAGGGAGUGGGAGAAACGCGAGGAGCUGGUGAGUGCAUCUACCAUUGAAAAUGUCGUGAGGAAGUUGAUGGCAUCAGAAGAGGGCGAUGCGAUUAGGAAAAGAGCAGAAGAAUUGGGAGUAGCAGUAAGGCGGUCAACAGAAAAAGAGGGUGCUUCUCGAAUGGAGUUAGAUUCUUUUAUCGCGCAUAUCACAAGAUAGACUAGUUUAUAUUUCUUUUAUCAGUAUCUGAAACAUUUUAUGGCUUCAAUGAGUAUUGCUUUGUAGUUCUCUCUUAAUAAUCCUGUAUACAUUUCGCAGUUGUUUUUGCAUAUGCUAAAUUGGCUGUAUCCAUAUGUCAUGUAUUAGAUUGUUUUACGACAAGACUUUAUUCGUACA